CCCUCCCUCUGGGCUGUGUAUUUAAAGGCAAAUAAAUAGAUUCUAAUCCAUGCUUAGAAAUAGUCCCAGCCCCGUGGCAUUUCUUGCAUCCUGAAGCUGGUUAUUCCUGUUUUUGCAGCCAGAAGCUAAGAGAAGCUGGAGAGGACUCUCACUGGUUUUUCCACAUAAAAGCAUUUAUUGUUCCCUUUACCUUCAUGUUCACUAGAGAUUGGAUCUAGUGCGGAGAAUUUGCUUGGCCUGAGUGGGCAGCUGCUGUUGGGCUGCUCAUUGUAUCAGUAGCAGGCUGGCUUUCCCCUAGAGCUGCGACUGUUCCAGUCAAGGCAUUCUCCUGUUCUUCUUAAAGAUCCGGGGAACAUGGAUUUUUUACAAUGAACAGCAAAGAGAAGACGCUUACAUAUUUAAGGGUGUCAGAAAGUGACACUUUCACCUCCAUUGCUCAGAAUCUGAUCUGUUGGCAUCUAUGACUGUGGCUGGUGCACCCCCAAAUCUGUCACACUUUUUGGGUUAAACUGCCUACUAUCCUCAAGCUGCUCAAGUCCUGGUUGGCACUCGUGCAGAAAACAUGGCCAAGGUGUACGAAUUUAAUUGGCAGAAGGCUGUUCCUUCCUUCAUGCAGGACGGGGCUGUGUUUGACCGAUAUGAAGAGGAGUCGUUUGUGUUUGAACCCAACUGCCUCUUUAAAGUGGAUGAAUUUGGUUUCUUUCUGACAUGGAAAAGCGAAGGAAAGGAGGGUCAAGUUCUUGAAUGUUCACUCAUCAACAGUAUCCGCUAUGGAGCAGUGCCCAAGGACCCAAAGAUCCUGUCUGCACUGGAAGCUGUUGGAAAGGCGGAGCAGGAGCUGGAGGGCAAGAUCUUGUGUGUUUGCUGCGGGACGGAUCUGGUGAACAUCAGCUUUACGUACAUGGUAGCGGAGAGUGCCGACUUAGCCAAGCAAUGGGUAGAAGGGCUAAAAUCUAUCACGCAUAAUUUUAGAGCCAACAACGUCAGUCCAAUGACAUGUCUCAAAAAACACUGGAUGAAAUUGAAGUUUUUAACAAACAUCAGUGGAAAGAUCCCAGUACGGAGUAUCACAAGAACAUUUGCAUCAGGCAAAACAGAAAAAGUCAUCUUUCAAGCACUCAAAGAGUUAGGUCUCCCCAGUGGAAAGAACGAUGAAAUCGAACCAUCGGCCUUCACCUUUGAUAAGUUUUAUGAGCUCACGCAGAAGAUCUGCCCUCGUACUGACACAGAGGAACUAUUUAAAAAAAUCAAUGGAGACAAAUCUGAUUAUUUAACGGUAGACCAAUUAGUGAGCUUUCUAAAUGAACAUCAGCGAGAUCCUCGUCUGAACGAGAUUCUCUUCCCAUUCUUUGAUGCCAAAAGGGCCAUGCAGAUAAUUGAAACCUAUGAACCAGAUGACGAGCUGAAGAAAGGAGGUCAGAUAUCAAGUCAUGGCUUUUGCAGGUAUCUGAUGUCAGAUGAAAAUGCUCCUGUCUUCCUGGACCGCUUAGAACUCUACCAAGAAAUGGAUCAACCCUUGGCUCAUUACUUUAUCAGUUCGUCCCACAACACGUACCUCACUGGGAGACAGUUUGGUGGGAAAUCUGCAGUGGAGAUGUACAGACAAGUCCUGCUGGCCGGAUGCAGGUGCGUAGAACUGGAUUGCUGGGAUGGAAAAGGGGAAGAUCAGGAGCCAAUCAUAACGCAUGGGAAAGCAAUGUGCACUGAUAUACUUUUCAAGGACGUCAUCCAGGCCAUCAAAGAUACUGCCUUUGUCACAUCAGAAUAUCCAGUAAUCCUUUCCUUUGAGAAUCACUGCAGUAAAUACCAGCAGUACAAGAUGUCAAAAUACUGUGAGGAAAUAUUCGGAGACCUGUUACUAAGCAAGGCCCUGGAGAGUCACCCGCUGGACAGUGGCCGACCUUUACCUUCUCCUAAUGACCUCAAGCGAAAGAUACUGAUUAAAAACAAGCGGCUGAAGCCGGAAGUGGAGAAAAAACAGCUUGAAGCACUGAAGAGUAUGAUGGAGGCUGGAGAAACAGCGACCCCGGUCAGUAUUCUGGAAGAUGACAUUGAAGAGGAAACUGAAAAUGCUGACCUAGAAGAGGAGGCACAUCCUGAAUUUAAAUUUGGGAGUGAACUGUCUGCAGAUGACCUGAGCCAGAAGGAAGCAGCAAGUAUUGCAAAAAAGAUGGCUGAAGAUGCUGAACAAGAAAAUAACAACAAAAAGGGUGCUAUAACAGUGGAGGACGAGCAAGCUUGGAUGGCAUCCUAUAAAUAUGUGGGUGCCACUACCAACAUUCACCCAUUUCUCUCAUCCAUGAUCAACUACGCUCAGCCCAUAAAGUUCCAGGGCUUCAAAGUGGCUGAAGAACGGAACAUCCAUUUCAACAUGUCCUCUUUUAACGAAUCAGUUGGACUGGGGUAUCUGAAGACUCAUGCGCUCGAAUUUGUCAAUUAUAACAAGCGUCAGAUGAGUCGGAUCUACCCUAAGGGGGGCCGAGUGGAUUCCAGUAAUUACAUGCCGCAGAUUUUCUGGAACGCCGGCUGCCAGAUGGUCUCGCUGAACUAUCAGACUCCAGAUUUAGCCAUGCAGCUCAAUCAAGGGAAGUUUGAGUACAAUGGAUCCUGCGGGUACCUUCUGAAGCCCGAUUUCAUGCGCCGGCCUGAUAGAACCUUCGACCCUUUCUCAGAAACCCCCGUGGACGGGGUGAUUGCCGCAACUUGUUCAGUUCAGGUCAUCUCUGGACAGUUCUUGUCAGACAAAAAGAUUGGGACGUAUGUGGAGGUUGAUAUGUAUGGAUUACCAACGGACACUAUACGCAAGGAGUUCCGCACCCGCAUGGUGAUGAACAAUGGUCUCAAUCCUGUUUACAAUGAUGAGCCCUUUGUAUUCCGAAAGGUUAUCUUACCAGACCUCGCUGUGCUGAGAAUAGCCGUGUAUGAUGACAACAAUAAACUCAUCGGGCAAAGGCUCCUACCUCUGGAUGGUUUGCAGGCAGGGUAUCGACACAUUUCUCUCCGGAAUGAGGGCAACAAACCACUUUCCCUUCCAACAAUCUUCUGUAACAUCGUCUUAAAGACCUAUGUUCCUGAUGGAUUUGGAGAUAUUGUUGAUGCGUUGUCAGAUCCAAAGAAAUUUCUUUCUAUUACGGAGAAGAGAGCAGACCAGAUGAGAGCCAUGGGUAUUGAGACUAGUGACAUAGCCGAUGUACCAGCUGACAACACUAAGAAUGAUAAAAAAGGGAAAGUCAGCAACACCAAAACAAUUGUGACCCCUCAGAGCAGCUCUGAAGUCAGGCCAUCUGUCACUACUGCCCCCGGGGCAGGAACCGAAAAUAAAAAAGCUAUCGAUAUUCCUCAGGUGAAGGUAGAAGAAUUGAAACAAAUGAAGGCAUUCCUCAAGCAACAAAAGAAACAGCAGAAAGAGGUUGCUGUGCUGAAAAAGAAGCACUUAAAAGAGCACAGCGCUAUGCAGAAGUUACAGUGCACACAAGUUGACAAAAUAGUGGCACAGUUUGACAAAGAAAAAGUGUCUCAGUCGAGGACCUUAGAGAAAUCAAUCAAGAAGAAAGGAGCAAGUAACUGUCUUGAAAUGAAGAAAGAAACAGAAAAUAAAAUUCAGGUAUUAACUUCAGAUCAUAAAUCCAAGGUGAAAGAUAUUGUGGCUCAACAUACAAAAGAGUUCACAGAAAUGGUGAAAGCACAGAACGCUGAGGAGCAAACACUCCGAGAUCUUCAUUUAAGCCAACAGUGUGAGCUCCUCAAGGAGUUGCUGCGGGGGAUUCAUGCACAACAAAUGCAGCAACUCAAACUGACCCACGAAAGAGAAAGCAAGGAGAUGAAGGCCAACCAAGCAAAAUUGUCCAUGGAAAACUGCAAAGCCAUAAGCCAAGAUAAAUCUAUCAAAAACAAGGCUGAAAGAGAAAGGCGAGUGAGGGAACUGAAUAGCAGCAACACAAAGAAGUUCCUUGAGGAGCGGAAGAGGCUGGCAAUGAAACAGUCCAAAGAAAUUGAGCAGCUGAUUAAAAACCAAGCGGAACACAUGGAGAUCCUGGAGAAGCAGAAUGAACAGCAUAUGAAAGUGUGCCAUGCAGUAUCUCAGUCACAAGGCAAAGGAGAUGCAGCAGAUGGUGAAGCUGGAAGCAGAGAUGGACCGCCGUCCAGCAACUGUUGUGUGAAGCUGCAGAAUGUGAACUGAAGUGAAGGAAUCUUCUGCUCUUUCAAGAACACUGUAAAAUACUGACCCCAAACACUGAAGCAUAUUCUCCUGCUGCGCUGUCUGGCCCAGCAACAGAUAAAGAGGCAACUUUUACAUUUUAGACCCGGCAUGGUUCCUUUUAACAUUCUGAGCACUGUUGACAUUUAUGCUACAGAAAAAAAAGAUUACUGUUAAAGAGAGAUGUUUUUAUGAAGAGUAAUAGUUCUGUUAAUAUUAUUUUAUUAUUUUUAUUUGGUGGCGCAUAUGGAGAACCAUGGCACUGGCAUUAAACAUCAUGAAGACAAACCAUGGCCUACUUACCUGAAUGGUGUAUUCCAGGAGCACCAAUUAGUUCUGUGGCAGGAGAUACUGUGCAUCUGGUUGACCACCUGCCCUUGGCUAAGUUUUCAUUGUAGUUCUUCGGAGUAGCUGAUUCUUGCAUGCAAAAGCAUAGAGAGCUUGUACUUGAGCUCAGUAUACAUGGAGAGCUUAAGCUGAAUAUACCUGGAGAGUGUGUGCUUGAGCUCAUUAUACAUGGAGAGCUUAAGCUGAAUAUACCUGGAGAGUGUGUGCUUGAGCUCAUUGUACAUGGAGAUCUUGAGCUUGAGAUCAGUAUACAUGGAGUGCUUGAGCUUAAGCUGAGUAUACAUGGAGAUCUUGAGCUUGAGCUCAGUGUACAUGGAGAUAUUUUGCUUGAGCUCAUUAUACAUGGAGAGCUUGUGCUUAAGCUCAUUGUACAUGGAUCUUGUGCUUGAGCUCAGUAUACAUGGAUAGCUUGCGCUUGAGAUCAGUGUACAUGGAGAGUUUGUGCUUAAGCUGAGUAUACAUGGCGAUCUUGUGCUUGAGCUCAGUGAACAUGGAGAUAUUGUGCUUGAGCUCAGUAUACAUGGUGAGCUUGAGCUGAGUAUACAUGGAGAGCUUGUGCUUAAGCUGAGUAUACAUAGAGAUCUUGUGCUUGAGCUCAGUGUACAUGGAGAGCUUGCAAUUGAGCUCGGUAAACAUGGAGAGCUUAUGCUUGAGCUCAGUAUACAUAGAGAACUUGUGCUUGAGCUGAGUAUACAUGGAGAGCUUGUGCUUGAGCCCAGUGUACAUGACGGCAUUACAGCUCUCCAGCUCUCCUGUGUUGAACAUACCUGGCAAGCACAACCUGUAGGGCAUCCCCCAUAUGCCAACAGUGGCCUGGGAAACAAGUAGCCUCUACUUUUCAUUACUCCUAAUGUAGAGCAAAAUGCUUAGCGAGAAUCCAUGCAAUUUCUUAAUUCCGUGCCAUGACAGGUUUCCAAUGACGUUGCUUAUUCUUUAGUCUACACACUGGUAAGUUUAAACUCUUCUUUAAAUUAUUUAGAUAUAAUAGAAAAAGGGAUUCCACAAGAUCAUACUUGAUACUACUGUAUAAAAAAAAAAAUCACAUUUGGCACCAAAGAUAUGUACUGUAAAUGAUUCCGUUCCUGUAACAGUAAAUGUCUGUUUCUGAAUUUAAAUCCAAAAUGUUUUUUUUGUAUUAUAAAUAUAAUAUCUAAGAUGCCUUUAAGCCAGUAGCUUUAAUUAUUUAAUGGGAGAGUUUAUUCAACCCCCGCACCUUGCCGAAAGAACUACUUUGUAGCAAGCUUUUAAGCAAUAAAUACGCCGCGGAUGAAACCAGUGCUCAGAUGUUAAAAGAAUCGUGCAAUAGGCACUUUAAGAAAACGUUUACAACCAAUAUUGUACAGAAGUUAAAUGUUGAUUUUAAUGCUGCAAAUUCCAGAUGUUACAGCGUAUUUUAAAAGAUAAAACAAAAAUGGGAAUGAUAAAGGUUUGUAACUGUGAAGAUGUAUAAAGUAUUUAUACAUAUAAAUAUAUAUAUAAAUACAUAAAGAUAUAUAUACUUGUACGCAAAUAUUGUAGAAUAUUCAUGUUAAUGCAGGGAGAACACUUUGUAAACUUUACUAUUAGGUGAUGUUUGCAUGUUAUGCUGGUUAUGCACAAUACCAUAGCCAUGUCGUAUUUCUGUAAAUGUAUCACCCUCUGAUCGUACCGAACAGCCAACUGGUUUUUAACAUUGCGAUGAUGUGUCCGCUAGUUUAGUGAUUUUUGUAUUACUGCAAGUCAUGGGAGCAGGCAGCCUGUUGUAGAGCUACGAGCCCUGCCAUAGGGUUUGCCAAUACGACUUUCUGCCCUUUCUGACUCAUUUUCUAUACAAGGCCACAACGUCAAUACUGUAUGCAGAAUUUCAGGCCAAUAUUUUGUGUUUGUUGCAGAGUUGAUUUGCAUGGUCCCCGAACCGGUGCCAUUUACUGGGCAAAUGCAUGUGCCAGCCAUUCACUAGUAACAUAUCCACAGUGCCAAUAUAGACACAAACCAAUCUGCUAGCUUUGGGAUUCCCAAUUCAGUCAGUCUCCUAUUUGUUACCAUGGGAUCCUUUUUCAUCUGUUGAGCCCCAUUUUUAGGAAGCUGUUCAUUUAAAAAUAAACAAGUGCAAUAACAAGUAAGCAAUUUUCUUCCUACUUCCUAUGUCUUAACCGUUUCUGUGUCCAUCAUAUCAUAAGGCCAUGGCCUAGUACAAGGCAAGUUAGACUCCCUGUAUUGUAUCUUGAUCAAAUAAAAUGUUGGUGUAUAUUUACCCAGAUAAAUAUUAAUUAUCAUAUUUGCCAAUCUCUCCCCGAUUUUGACCUUGGUGAUGUCCGGUGUAUUGCUAGAUAUUGGUAGAUCAUUUACCUUUUUGUGCCUAAGCUCAAUGGUUACUAGUCUCUGUCUUCCACAAACUCACUAUUGCCUUUGACUUAUUGGAAUACUCUGUAUCUGUGCCCCGGGACUGUCUUAUAAUAUGAGACCGACAUUGUGCUGUCUUUCAUUUUGUGCUUUGGAUUUACUUUAUGGGUAACACCAUAUGGGACUCGUGGGAGGGAGGUCCACAAUGUAAAGAGAAAAAUGAUUGUUAUUGACUUUGUUUUCCACUCUAGUGAGAAUAACCCUGCUUGUGGUGGCAUAGUGAUGGUAAUGGAAAACCAAUCCCAGCAAGUCCUGGUGUCUACUGCUUAUUUCCAGUAGCCUCGCUUUUAGAAGAAAAGCUGAGUUAGUUGUCCAUGCAGUACCCUACCCAAUCUCAAAUGGCAAUGCAAACAUCAAGUAUCUAUGUAGUCAGAUGUUUUAUGUGUAUUUAUCUUUAAACACAGCCUUAAGUAACUGUUCAUAGCUUUCUAUUUUUUAUUGGUGCAAAAAAUCCUGGUUUUAAGUUGAUCUUGUAUGGAUGAUGUUUUUUUUUUUAAAUUUUUCUUUAAUAAAUCUUUUGGUGUUUUACAGC